CUUACAAUAAGGGAUGAAUGAGGGAUUGGUAUUAAAGGGUGUUAUCACUGAAAAUCCCUUAUAGUGGCCGUCAUUAUUUUUGCUUCAUUCACGUAGUGAGGCCAGGGUACGUACGUACAUACGUUACUUCAUUUAGAAGAAUCGACCAUAUCGCCGUGCUCGCGCCAUGUCGUUCCCACUUCUUCUUCUUCUUCUUCUCGGAUUGAUCUCUCUAAUUUUGCUAUCAUCACCAGGGAGUGAUUUUGUUAUGGAAGCGGAAUGCCACAUCGGCAUAAACUAUGGGCAGGUGGGUAACAAUUUGCCGGCGCCGGAGAAGGUGCUGCAACUGCUGCAGUCCCUGAAGGUGGAGAGGGCCAGAAUCUACGACACCAACCCUCGCAUCCUCGCCGCUUUCGCCCACUCCGACGUCCAGCUCAUCGUCACCCUCGAGAACGAGAUGCUCCCCCUCCUCGGCGCCGCCGAUCCCCAGCCCGCCCUCCAGUGGGUCGCCUCCCGCAUCCUCCCCUACAUCCCCGCCACCAACAUCACCGGCAUCGCCGUCGGCAACGAGGUCCUCACGUACGGCGGCGCCGCCCUCCCCUACCUCGUCCCCGCCAUGCUCAACAUCCGCGCAGCCCUCGCGCUGCACGGCGGCCUCCACCGCACCAUCCACGUCUCCUCCCCCUGCUCCGCCGCCGUCCUCGCCAGCUCCUUCCCGCCCUCCGCCGGCAGCUUCCUGCCGGAGCUCUGCGGCGUCAUGCUGCAGUUCCUGCAGUUUCUGGCGGAGACCAGCUCCCCCUUCUGGAUCAACGCCUACCCCUACUUCGCGUACAGCCGCGUGAUCUCGCUGGACUACAUCCUGUUCAACCCCAACGGCGGCACCGUUGACCCGCUCACCGGGCUGCACUACGACAACAUGCUGUACGCCCAGGUGGACGCCGUGUCCUUCGCGAUCUACCGGAUGGGGUUCGGCGGCGUGGAGGUGAGGGUGUCGGAGACGGGGUGGCCGUCCAAGGGCGGGCCCGAGGAGAGCGGGGCGACGCCGGAGAACGCGGCCAUCUACAACCAGAACCUGAUGAGGCGGCAGGCGGCGGAUGAAGGGACGCCGCUGAGGCCGAACGUGAGAUUGGAGGUGUACGUGUUCGCGCUGUUCAAUGAGGAUAUGAAGCCGGGGCCCGCCUCCGAGAGGAACUAUGGUCUCUUCCGCCCCGACGGCACUAUGGCUUACAACGUCGUUGGCAUUGGUCCGACCACGUCACAACCCAAUGAUUACCCUCCCUCCACCUCCACACCCACUCCACCAAACACUACAUUUUCCUCUGCAACUCAUCAGGUGAAGCGAUUAGAGUAUCAAAGCUUGUGUUGUUGGAUGUUUGUAUACGUGGUAACCAGCUGGCCGGGUUAUAUGUUGCUAUCACUACUAGUUUAAGCUAUAUAUGAUCGAGCCAAUAUGUUAUGUACUAUAUGUAUGUUUGGGCUUGCAGUCCAGUCCAGUCCAGUCCAGCUCGGCACGAAUAUUUGCUAUCAGGCAGGCCAAACAUAUUCUAUAAUUAAUCUCACAAUACAUAAUAUACAUAUAUAAUGGUGUAUAUAUAUCAUUUGUUCAAGUUCAAUAUCAUAGCAAAUCAAAAAAUGAAUCGGACGGAUCGUGAUUAUGUAGCAAGCUAAGUUAUUAAAUGUAUUAACUAUCUGAUUGUAUAUUAGGAAUUUUAUGUAAACGUAUACUAGCUAUGGUGUU